GACGGAGGUCCGGUCCACCAUCGAUGACGCAUUUCUUCAUGGCAUUAUAGACAGGCUGCAACCACUUUGGAGGUAUCUAAGUGGAAACUCGAAGUUUGUUGAGCUUAUGCAACGUGUCAGAGUGUACACGAAAUUGCAGAAAUAGGUACGAGGUACUCUAAUAAUUGAUAACGUGCAAGGGCCCCCUUGAUGCGCGCAGCUGUCGAGACGGGGCAAAAUAUAUAUAAUGUAAAUAUAUAUCGCGUAUGUAUGAUGCGAAAGUCAGUGACGCCAUGUUCUUGCUCCGCGUUUCUUUUUUUUUCUUUUUUAAAGCACAGGAAGUCGAGGAGGCAUCACGCGUGUUCCCAGGGCGUGCAAGUGCAGACAGUGAUAUCUGACAACCUGUGUGCGUUUUUUUCGAUAAAUUCUCUUUGUGCUCGAUCCGACGGCUCGGCUCGCACCCGGAUGCUUCAGUCACAGGAAAAAAAAAAAAAAGACCUGGCUUCAAUUUGGCGCGGGAUCAUAGAUUCUUCAUCUUCCCCCGCCAAACGCGCGUUUUCAUGGUAAACGCACUGGCACAAAGAGCAAGAGGUGGAUGGAAACACCCAAACGACUGCUCUACACCGGAUAUCGCGUGAGACCAAAUGUGUUUUACGAGGUCGCCAUCCGCCACCCUCUGCUUCCUCCGCCUCCCGCCGCGUGGAGCCACCUGCGAAGGCGCGUCACCGCUCGGACGCGUUCGCGUCCUUGCCUCGCGCGGCGGCGUUGGCGUCGGCCGCACCCUCUUCCAAUCCGGCUUCCCUUUUCGCCGCCGCGUUGUUUCAAGCCGCGAGCGGGCAGAGAUCGCGGAGGCCCGGGCUUCACAUCAUCGGCGGCGCACCGUCGUCGCCGGCCCCUCUGGCUCUCUUCUCAACCUCCUCUCCCGCUGUGGCGAGCGCCGCGAGACUCGGUUUUUCCUUGUGCGUGUGACCGGCACGCGCCAACCGGUCGAGUACGAGUGGUCACUAUCGUGGCCAGCGGUGAGAGAGUGCAUUUUUAAGGCAAAAGAAAAGAAAGAAAAAAGAAAUUGGCCGAUCCUAAGCAGCAUCCGCACGCACUGUGCGAGACACGAACGCCCGGAGUGCCGUGCUACCGACUUGCGACGACCGGCUACCUCGCUCACUGGACCAUGUGUUGCCCCGACACGGGAGCCUUGUGAUAGUUGCUCACGGCCGCCACCACCUGCGAUGGUGCCAUCGCCUGCCCGUGCUCCGGGUUGCGAGUGACUUAACUUCCUUUCCUGGCUUUGGUCGCGCACGCGAGCGACGACGGUGAUAAGAAGACCGAGGGAUUAUCGCUUGCGAGCAGCCUGCUGGCAGGUAGUGGACAUCGAUGACUCCGAGAAGCCGCUUCCAAGCCAUUCGCCGCUAUGGUUAAACCUCCAAGCAACCUGACAGCUGUCAAGCGGCGGUGUUCGUGGCUCCAUCACCACCACCCCGAUGCCCUCUGGCGGUGGAGGGACCGCCGGCUCGAGCCGGUGCGGCGGCCCGGCGCGGGAACGCCGACGCCGGCGACUACGCGGGGCGCCCUGACCCAGGCCGCCGGGAACUGCCGCCGCCGAACACAUGUGCCCGUGCACUAGCCGCCGAGCACCGGCAACGCUCCGGCGCACGACGCCGGCUAGGUGGCUGCUGCAGGUCUGCGUGCUGCUGCUGCUUCUGGAGAUGGCGGCCGAGCGGUACGGGGCAUGGGGUGCCGUACCGCUCAGCUCCCAGCGGCAGACCGGCAGCAUCCCGGGAGACUUCAUCAUUGGCGCCCUCUUCCCCGUGCACCAGUCACCGGACGCCAAGAACGCGCAGACGCGCACCUGCGGAGAGGUCCGCGAGCACUACGGCAUCCAGCGCGUGGAAGCCUCUCUGCACACUAUCGACGACAUCAACCGCAAUGAUGCGCUGCUGCCCAACGUGACACUGGGCAUCGAGAUCAGGGACUCGUGCUGGUAUUCACCCACGGCCCUCGAGCAGAGCAUCGAGUUCAUCCGGGACGCUAUCAGCGCCCAGGAGACGAGCGGAGUCAGCGGGCAGAACCUCACCGAGUUGCCCCCCGCCUGUCCCAAGGGACCGGCGAGACGCGUCAAGAACCUGGUGGGCGUCAUUGGGCCCGGGUCGUCGGCCGUCACCAUACAGGUUCAGAACCUGCUGCAGCUGUUCAACAUCCCGCAGAUCGGCUACUCGGCCACGUCGCGGCAGCUGAGCAGCAAGCAAUUCUUCAAGUACUUCCUGCGCGUGGUGCCUUCCGACCAGUACCAGUCGCAGAUGAUGGUCGACACGCUGCUCAUGUACAAUUGGACGUACAUCUCGACCGUCAACACAGAAGGCAACUACGGCUACAACGGCAUCGACGAGUUCACCAGUCGUGCCAAGGACGCCGGAAUUUGCGUGGCCAACUCGCACGCCAUACCGACGGAUGCGGACGACGAGGACUACGAUUCAGUAGUGCGCAGUAUCGACAAGUUCGGCACUGCCCGCGUGGUGGUCUGCUUCUGCGAAGGAUUCACCGUGCAGGCGCUCAUCAACGCCACCGCCAGGCUGAGGGUCGCCGGGAAGUACAUCUUCUUCGGCAGCGAUGGCUGGUCCGACCGCCAGGACGUGGUGAAGAACCAAGAGAAGGCGUCCGUCGGGAGCCUGUCCAUCCGCUUCCACGCUAACUACGAUCACGACUUCGACCGCUACUACUUCGGCCUGAACCCGUUCAGCAACGUGCGGAACCCGUGGUUUAAGGAAUUCUGGGAAGUGCGUUUCAACUGCUCCCUAGGCGUCGGUCCGGGCUCGGCGCGCUACAACCGCACCUGCACCGGCAAGGAAGACCUCCGGGAAGGUCACAAACAGGACACGAAAGUGGAGUUCGUCAAGAAAUCUAUCUACACCAUGGCAUAUGGCCUUCACAACAUGCAUCGCGACCUCUGUCCCAACACCUCCGGCGUGUGUCCAGCCAUGGUGCCCGUCAAUGGCUCCGUCUUUUUGCAGUACCUCAUGAACGCCACGUUCGCUUGGAACAACGAGACAGUCUUCUUCCACGAGAACGGAGACCCGCCAGGGCGGUACGACCUAAUGAACUACCAGCAGCUGGGUGAGCACCACUACGACUACGUGCAGGUUGGUUCGUGGGUCAACGGUGAGCUCACCAUGACUGGCGAGGUGCAGUGGCACCAAGCACAACGAAAGACGCCGCCCGUCUCCAUAUGCUCGCUACCCUGCGAGAAGGGAAAGGUCAAGAGCAUCCACUCGGAAACGAUGAAGUGUUGUUGGAACUGCGUGGCCUGCAAAGAGAAUCAGUACGUCAAAGACGAUUACACCUGCUUGGACUGCGAGAGGGGUUGGUGGCCCAAUGAGAACCUCACGGGUUGCGUGCGCAUCCCGGAGGAGUACAUCCACUGGACUGACAGCCAAUCACUGGCAGCCAUGAGCAUAGCCUGCCUGGGCCUGAUGGCCACGCUGGCCGCCAUGAUCAUCUUCAUCCGCCACAACGACACGCCGGUGGUGAAGAGCUCGACUCGCGAGCUGUCCUACAUCAUACUGGUCGGCAUGUUCCUGUGCCACGGGACCACGUUCGCUCUGCUGGCCAAGCCCAGCGCGCUCACCUGCUUCAUCACGCGCGUGCUGCCAGGCCUCAGCUUUGCCAUGAUCUACGCGGCGCUCGUCACCAAGACGAACCGGAUCGCCAGGAUCCUGGCCGGUUCCAAGAAGAAGAUCAUCACCAAGAAGCCUCGAUUCAUGAGCGCCACCGCCCAGGUGGUGAUCACGUGGCUGCUCAUCUCCGUCGAGGCGGCCAUCAUCGGCGCCAUGGUGGUGCUCGAGCCCCCCGACAGCAUGUUCGCCUACCCGGCGCUGGACCGCGUCAAGCUCAUCUGCAACACCACCACGCUGGGCAUCAUCGCACCUCUGGGCUUCGACUUCUUCCUCAUCGCGAUGUGCACGGUGUACGCCGUGAAGACGCGCAACGUGCCGGAGAACUUCAACGAGGCCAAGUUCAUUGGCUUCACAAUGUACACGACUCUGGUGAUCUGGGCCGCGUUCGUGCCCAUCUACUUCGGCAGCAAGCACAAGGUGAUCACGCUCUGCCUCUGCAUCAGCUUCUCGGCCGAGGUGGCCCUGGUGCUUCUAUUCAUGCCGCGCGUCUACAUCAUCCUGUUCCGGCCGGACAAGAACAACCGCAGCGCCUUCACCACGUCCAAGGACGUGCGCUGCCACAUUGGAUACAUGAACUCGAACAUGGCCGCGGCCACGGCCGCUGGUGCCUCGGCCGUGUCCAGGAACUCGUCGCACUCGACGUCAGAGUUCUCCAUGGAGUCUCCCAGGAACCACACCGCUGAGACCGUGAUCAAGCCGCCGCCGACGCGCUCCAAGAGCCUCAACCUGCUGGAACGGUUCCGGGCCAGCAAGCAAGACCGCAUCGCGGCCAGCGUCGCGCAGCACAUCCGCGCGGUGCGCGCCGCCGAGGCGCUCGACCGGCGCACCCACCUGCGCCACUCGGUCGAGCCGCUCUUCGGGACAUCGCCCAAGGUGCCCGCGCAGCGCACCUCCUCCGACUCGCCACCCGGCGCGCACGAGCGCCGGAGGCUGGUGCAGCAGCAGCAGGCGGCCGCCGCGUACGGCGCCGCUUCGGCCUCCAAGCGGGAGGUCUCCUGCCAGACGACCGACGACCUGGUCGAGAUGUGGAUGCCCUGCCUCCGCAGGCGCAUCGCGCGCUCCGAGACGCUCAUGUCGACGCUGUCGCCCGACGACGAGGACGACGUGGCCCCCGGUCUGCGGCACCGGAAACUGUGCCGCCACGUGCCCUCCGUCAGCGACGACGAGGUGCUGGACGUCGUGUUUCGCGGCGGCAGCUCGCAGCAGCAGCAGGAGUAUCACCACCACCUUCAACACCUGCCCGGCGGUUCGGUCAGGUACGGCCGCAGUGGUUCCGGCGGUGGCGCUUCGUCGGCGGCUUCGGCGUUCAAGAGCGACGAGUCUCUGCUGGAAGGUGCUUCCUCCAUCGUAGAGGAGAGUGCCAGCAGUGGCAGCGAGGAUGCCGCCGUCUACAAGAACAUCAUCAUCAGCCUCGGCAGCCCUGACGCGGUGCGCGUGCGCCAGACUCCCGCGUCUCCAGUGAUAACGCCCCGCCGCGGGAGCAGCGGGGGCAGAAGCGCAAGUAACGGCGAAGACGUGACUGCCGUCGAGUCCACUUCGUCGUCCCCGUGGGCCGAGGUGUCGGCCCAACUACUGCUCAGGUCGUACAACGGCAAUGCUCAAGGGACCGGUCAGCAGCCCGUGUACUGGGCCGGCCCAUCGUCAGGAUGCUCAGACCAAGAACGCUUCGGCAAGUGAGCCCCUCGUCCCGUUCAAUGCCCUUACUGCUGUCGCUACGGUAGCCAUCUCAAGGCAGUGUCGAGUGCUGUGCCGAGGUCGGUGUGUUUUGCUUUCUACUUCGUUUCUGUCAACGUGGCCCGGGCUCCUUCGUCCUGUGGCGAAACUUUCUACUCUCUCGUGGCCAGCUUUCUCAAGCAGCGUGCGGGGCCUCGAUCCGGAGUUUUUCCCCGCGAAGUCCGCAGUUUCGGAGCUGCACCUCUCCUGGCAAACGUGCGAAUCGCUACGGCAGCGGACGACAGGUGGCUCUGCUACCACUGCCCUUAUGUUGGUAUUCUUUGUGUGUGUGUGUUCAUGUGUGUGUGUGUGUGUGUGUGUGGCGCAGCAGGAGCGUUCCAGCCAAAGGGAACCGCGUGAUAGUUGAGCCGGUCACAGAGUCGUUUUUCCACGGCUCCCACGCCUGUCUUCCUGUUCCUUGUGAAAGCCCUGGUGACAUCCUAGAACCUUUCCCCGCACUCUCACAGAUGUGGCCUCUGGCAGCGUCAACCACACAGCCUGUCGAGGUCAUCCGUGGGUUCGCGCAUUAGUAUAGGCGAGCAGCCGUGAACGGCGCAUAGGGAGCCUUGUCCGUGGGUGGUGCAAAAUGUUUACAUCGUUUUCUCUUUAUUUACUCAACGUCGUCUCUGACCGAGAAGAUGCCACCAUUUAGCCAUCCUGUUUUAUCACGUAGUCUAGUAUGCGGAGUUCUCAUAACCCCGAUACAAACCCAUCAUGCACAGACGAGCUGUGAAACUCGAGCGGUUUCAACUUCUUUUGAUUAGCGCACUCCUUGUAACGCCAGUGAUGUUCGCUCCUUCCAGAGUCGACACGAGAGGUCAACCCUUGUUUUUUGUCGCUCUGAGCGUUUUCCUUCAUUUUACCAUACAUUCCUUCUUCCGUGUCCUCAUACGCGAAGAAACAAUGUGCAUCACUUGUUUUUAUUGCUGUCAAUAGGAAUAAUACCAGCGAAAAAGCAGCUUCUCAGUAUUUAAAACAUUCCCAAAGUUGCUUGACAUUUGUUGAUACGUAGUUGGCAUGACAUAGAAUACAUCAUUGCCUGCAAGGGACGGAAGCGGCAAAAACUGCGCUUUAUAUUGCUUGAUGUUCCACUGCUCUUAAUUUUUUACAGCUAGACUUUCACCUAUCAUGCUUAUUUAUUGUCGUUUACUAAAACUUCCGUAUUUAUUUCUGAGUAUGCUGUCCAGAAUGGUAACAGAAUAGUUGAAAAUCAAAAUGACUUAGUAUGAAAAUAAUUUACUCGAGAUAUCAGUACCUUUACGUUUUCCUUAUUGCGAGCUUCAAGCCUUCAAAUAAGCGCCCACUUUUACGGUACCUUUCCAAUCUAUCCCGAUUAAGGUGCUCAAUAAAGGAGUAGCUGUUGUCCACAAAGAAGCUGCUGCUAGGCCGUAUAGUCUACAUAAAGCGGCAAUGAAGGUUUGUUUUCCUCGUCUGUAAGUUAGCUAUAUACGACAUUAGUCAUUACUGUGGGCAUUAGUGUUAUAAUUAGAGGAUUGUUCGAAAAUUUCUAUAGAUUGGCUGUCCAUGCUUGAAUUUAAGGUUUGACUCCAACAUGACUAGGGACAAAUAUAAAGAUCAAACAAAAAAGUUAGGCAUUACAUACUGGCAUUGCAAAAAAUACCUAUUCAUAUCUCUCGCAGCAGAAGAGUACGCUUUCUGUAGUGUUUCUGCUUCAUAGCCGGCUAUUGAAUAUUUUCUACCCUUCAAUGUUCAAAUUACAUGUUUGUGUAUCUGUUAUUUGUGUGUGUUUGUGUGUGUUGACACUUGUAUAUACGCAAAUCGAAGCAACCUUCUUUGACAAUAUCUUCCGUUCCGUGUUACCGUGCUUGCCUACAUGUUUUCUUUCCCUGUUGCUAUACGUAUAUGUAUAUUUAAACCAAAACACCCCUGUCGCCGUUAGAAGCGACUCGAGUGGUGCUCAAUAUGUCAGUAAUACCGUAUGCCAAAUGACGAGGCCUAAGUGUCCGUCGCUUGGCGAAGAUAAAUACACCUUCCGUAGUGCUAGUCGUUUUCAUGUUCCUUUUCUUUGUGUUGUUAUACCAACGAAUGAGAGUGAACGUACGGCUCCUUGGCGCCUUCUUUUUCGGGUACCAGUUAAAUGAGCAAGGGUUGUAUACUAUGAGGGCUGAAGCGAUCUGUUCUUUGGCGCUUCGCUCUAGUUUGCACUGGUGGUCGCGGCUCGUAGACCCUAGUCUAGUUCCACAAAAGCUGUAAUACAGCUCUCGUUUGCGGUCAGUUGAUUGUAAUAGUACAAGAGGACGCCGUCAGGAUCUUCUAUACUGAUUUGUUGAGAGCUUAGUGUGCCCGGUCACGGAAAGUUAAUUUCGUUGCUGGCAAGUCAUCACGAGUUCGUUGGACAAGCAGUUUUUUUGAGAGCAUCUUUGCGGGGUGUGUUUAAUCUUUUGAUCCCAGUCUUCACCAAGUGGCGUGUUCGUUACACAGCUCAAGUUCUUUUUUGGGCCAAGCAAUGUGUGUUCGUGUGCAUGAUCGUUCGUCAGUGAGGCAGCACAUGGGCGGAACAGGUACUCGGCCUGUGUGCCCGCCGUAUUGCUGUGCGGUGGAGUGUUCUUACUGAAGCGGCUGAUGCUGCUGUUGUUGUUGUGACGUUUUCAAGGGCAUAUUUCAUGCGUGAACACUAUUUGCAGUGUUAAUGACACUGUUUUACUGGUGGUUAUUAUCCUCAGACAGAGAUCGUUGAAGAGUGUUCCUGAAGUGUCACUAUUCGUUCAGACACAUGCUGCAAAUGUCCUUCAGUAAAGUAGCUAUGACUUAAGUAUAUACCGAUGCUCAUACGGAGAUUACGUAGGGCAAGGAAUUCGGAAACUGCGUAAUAUACAUUAAACUUACAAGCGGGAACUACUUUGUGUACUUGAUGUCUUGGAUAGUGAAUUAUUAAAAAUCCAUAAGAACACUAAGAGUAAAUUAAAGAUAAAUUAAAAGCAUCAUCGUCCGACAGCUGCCGACCGGAGGUCGACUAUCAGAAGGCUUUUAUUGUCUAGGCUCAGUAGAACCAUUAAGGUCAUCUGUGUCUUAUCUAUGUGUGUCUCUAGAAAUCUCUGAUAUGAUUGUGACGAGUGCAAAAUUAUGGCAUUCUUAGUCCAUCACGAUAAUGAAGCUCAGCAAUUAAGGCUCAGAUGGACAGUGGUGGAAGGAAGACCUGUGGUGAAACUGCCCUAGAAUCGGAGGAAACCGUGCAACUAUGAGUUUGAAUAUUUUCCUCAAGAAAAUUCCUCUAGUCUAACUCUGUUGCAAGAUGCGCCUGUUGGGAAAGUACGCGCAAGUCACUUGUAGGCAGAGCGAAGAAUUUCUUUCGGCAAAUAUCACAAAUAAAUUAAACUGCACAUAACAUACAUAUUGUGGCAAUUGAUGAAAACCUAGUCACUGUUCGAAGGCAGCGGCUUUUCCCGCUUUUCUCUUUUUUGCUUGCCGUAAGUGAGGAAUAGACCCAAUGAAACGUUACCCGUAGCACUUGUAGUAAUGACGAGCUACCCUUAAUGCAUUUAUAUAAAAAAAAGUAUGUCUUAACGGCCGGCAAGGGCUUUCGUUUUGCAUGGACACUGAAUGCCAAAAAAAAAUAUGUGCAAACUUGUGAAGUUGAUGUCAAAGUGUUGGCUGAGAGAAGGAAUGUAUAUAUGUUUUGUACAUAGCUAUUUAAAAAAAGAAACGGUCACCACUAUCUGUAUAUAGUAGAUGGUUACGUGUGUCACGACAUCCUGGCGAGAAAUCAUUUGGUGUCGUAUUCGUUUUCAGAUCACACCCUGAAACGUCACUCAACAAUGUGCUGGAUCUUGUGCCAAAUGUUUCGUUGCGCUGUUUUGAACUUGUGUUAGAGGUCUUGCUUGUGUUAAGUUUUCAGGUGUUUAAGGAUAGAAAUGGUGAACUACCUAUUACGUGUUCGUCUACACGCGAUGUUAAAGAAUUAACCGUCAUGGUGUGCCAGUUACCAAAUGAUGUGUCGAGGCCGUGAUACACCGAAGAGGACUGCGUAAAAUGAUCAUUGAAUAACAUUCUUAAGCCUAGGAAAUCUAGGCUGUGCUAUUCAUUCACUUUAUUUUCUAUUACAUGGCUCAUUUUGUGCACUUCGUUUAAUUACACGUUCCCUCAUGUCGA